AUGCAUAGUUAUAAGCCAGAUAAUGCAGUGACCUAUGAUGAUGUGCACAUUGACUUCACUUUAGAUGAGUGGGCUUUGCUGAAUCCUUCUCAGAAGAGUCUCUACAAAGAUGUGAUGCUGGAGACGUACAGAAACCUCACUUCUAUAGGCUACAGUUGGGAAAACCAUAAUUUUGAAGAAUAUCGUCAAAGUGCUAGAAGACAUGGAAGGUAA